CAGGAUGGCAGCCGGACUCAGGGACAUGUGUGAGAACUGAAGUGUUUGGAAAUCCAGUUUAGGAAGCCAGAGAUGGGACACACAGAGGAACAGGAAGCUGCAGCCUGGGUGGGGAGGUGCAAAACAGGAAGCAGGAAGGCUGAGUGUGGCGAGGGAGAGCCAUGCCGCUGUUGAAGAGGAACAUCGAGCCCCGGCACCUGUGCCGUGGUGCGCUGCCUGAGGGCAUCGGUAGUGAGCUGGAGUGUGUAAUGAACAACACACUCUCUGCCAUUAUCCGCCAGCUCAGCAGUCUCAGUAAGCAUGCAGAGGACAUAUUCGGCGAGCUGUUUCGCGAGGCCAACGCGUUUUAUCUGCGAGCGAACUCCCUGCAGGAUCGCAUCGAUCGGCUCGCCGUCAAGGUCACUCAGCUGGACUCCACUGUGGAGGAGGUCUCUCUGCAGGACAUUAACAUGAGGAAGGCCUUUAAGAGCUCUACAGUACAGGACCAGCAGGUGGUGUCCAAGAGCAGCGUCCCAAUCCCUGUGAAAGAGAUGCACGAGCUGAGUGACCCACCUCCCCCCCUCAACAUCCUCUCGCCCUACAGGGACGAUAAUAAGGAUGGGCUGAAAUUUUACACGGACCCCUCGUACUUCUUUGACCUUUGGAAGGAGAAAAUGCUGCAGGACACGGAGGACAAGAGGAAAGAGAAAAGACGGCAGAAGGAGCAGAGGCGCUGUGUGGAUGGCACGCUGCAGAGAGAGGUGAAGAAGGUGCGAAAGGCGCGUAACCGGCGUCAGGAGUGGAACAUGAUGGCCUUCGAUAAGGAACUGAGGCCUGACCUGCGACACGGGCACAUGCUGCACAGAGGAGGAUCAUCUGAGGGCUCCAUGUCGCCAGAAAACAGAUCUCAUGGCCAAGACCGCCUGGACCAUGGCUAUCUGACCAUGUCCAACCAUGCAGGCCACGCCCACACGUACUCUGGCCCUCCCCCCAGCAUGGCGGCCCUCUCGGCUCACGCCCACAUGGGCAUGGAGCAGGACUACAGGACGGGGGCUAUGGCGUACCGCUCGGGCACACUGGGGCGUCCACACCAGGCCCCGCCCCCUCCUCCAUCCAUAGAAUGCAUGAACGGCUCCACGCCCCUCCCACCAAUGGACUACAGUAUGGAUUACAUGAACUCAGCCCCGCCCCCUCCAGCCCCAGCUCCUCUCAUUCCAUCAUCUCAAACUGCCUUCGCUAUGCCACCCAUGGGCCCGCCUCCAGGCCCGCCCACUGUAGGCGCAGGUUACAUCCUGCCUGCUUCACCUGCCUCUGGACCAUUGGCUGCUCCUCCUCCACCAGGGCCUCCACCUCCUCCACCCAGCACCACCCAACCCAUCACACCCAAACGGCCACCCGUGCCCACUGAAGCCCCGCCCAUGAACGAUGCCCGCAGCGACCUGCUAGCAGCCAUACGCAUGGGUAUCCAGCUGAAGAAGGUGCAGGAGCAGCAGGAGCAGCAGGCAAAGCGGGAGCCGGUGGGGAACGACGUGGCCACCAUUCUGUCCCGCCGCAUAGCCGUGGAGUACAGCGACUCCGAGGAUGACUCUGAGUUAGAGGAUAAUGACUGGUCUGACUAGAAACACACACACACUCACACUCACACUUCCUUUUGCCGUAACACUGCAGUACCUACAGUACAGAGAUGUGCAGAAGCUCUCAAAAGUUUGAUCAAAAGGCUUAAUCUCGAAAGUUGUUUCUAAGACAAGUAUAAAUUAAUCACUGAUUUUAUUUUCGAAAAACACACAGCUAGGUUUCUAUCCGAUUUAAAAGAAAUUUUAUUUAGAAGAAAAAGCUGUCGAGUGACUUCAAAACUUAAAGACUCGACUGCUCAAGAAGCUGACAGGCUGAAUUUUCUGUGCCUUCAUACUGAUAACUAUUUGUAAAAUAAUGCAGGUUAAUGUUAGAGUUAGAGUUAGGGUUAACAUUCAAAAAAAAAUUUAAAAAUGAAUUCACAUGUAAUUCAUCUAAAUCAACCACAUCACUCUUGUUCUUUUGAAUUCAUUUUCUAUGAGAUCAGGUUUGUUCAGAGCUGACAUCAAGUCUGCUUUAAAGAAUCGAAACUAUGAGUUUUGAUUUAUUUAACUUUUUUUUGAUCACUGCAAAAAAUCUAUACAGAUUAGUUCAUUUCUCAUUAUUCUAGAAUGUGGGAAAUGGUAAAAUAAAUUACCUGAAGCAGCGAUUAAGGGGUCCAAGCACUAUGCCGUGGACUGGCGAUGCUCAAUGCAUGACUUGAAAUGAUGAAAUAAUUCACUGGAUACACUUUUCCACUUUGUGUAAGAAUGAAGUCAAGUUCUUUUCAGAUAAGAGAAGAUUUCUGGACAUAUGUCUGUUCCGUAAAGUUGAUGGAGGAUGUUUCUGGUAAUUAUGAUCAGUUUGCGUGGGUUAAGUGAUUUCUGUAUAAAUCAGAGAUGGGAGUGUCUUCAUGAUGUAUUCAUCAGUCAUCACACCAAAAAUUCCGUAUGUAUACAUAAACCUCCUCAUUUUAAAACAGAUUGAUUGUUUUAACCUGUUGCUUCGGACACGUCCUCUUAAACAUUGUCUGUAUUUUAUUGUUCUGUGUUUUAAACUCACUUGGUUUGGUUCCAGCGGGAGAUGAUUGAAAAGAGCGAGCUCUUCCUCGAGUGUCUUUAUGCUGGAGAAAAAGUGCAAAACCUCUUUUCCCACAGGAUAUAACAAUGUUUACCAACACGUCAAUUCAGACGAGAUAAAUAUUACCUGGUUAUUUCUACUGGUCAUUUUAUAGAAGGUGAAAUCUGGUGUAUUCUUUCCAGAUACGUAUACAAAGUAAUAGUAAAAUAAUGGAGUAAUGUAGAAUGAUUUGGACAGUUUUUGCACGUAAUGAUGGUGAUAGUGUAAAACAUCGCUGCCAAGAUAUUGCUUAAAAAAAUGUACAUGAAAUAUCUUUGGCUACUGAAUAAGAAGAAAUUGGAAUAAUGAUUCUGUGACAAAAGUAUUUGGAAGAAAUAUUCAAAGUAUGUUCAACUUUGGCUUGUUUGCCACCUUUGGUGCUUGGACCCCUAAUAAAAUAUGGUGUGUCCAAACUUUUGACUGGUUCUGUGCGAUCAAACCCACAAUAUGAUGCUCAUCCAGCUGUUUAUUUAGAUAUUAGAUUUAGUAAAAAUAAUUUUUUUCUUUAGGUAAAAGCAGCUGAGAGUCAAACUUUGUUUGUGAUUGUAAUAAACUGACAAAAUUAUCAAAAUUGUCAAGUGAACAGGCGAGAUGGUUCGGUUAAAUAGACAAACACACCACUGAGAGAUUAUAGCUAUGCAUGAUGCAGGCCUGGAGGUCACAUGACCUGGACAUCCCUUAAGAGAGCUGAAGAAAAUCUAAGGAGUCACGGUGACGGCUGUGCAAACUCUGCUCUUGUGACAACGACUAAAAUGAAUCAUCUGCUCCAGGACCCGUCGAGCCCUCAUCAUGGAAACGGGUUCUUGGGGGACUGGCGUCUCUAUGGAAACAGUACAGCUGGGAUGCAGAUCUCCAUGGCAACCAUGGAGCCUAGGUAGCGAGCGGAUGAAAUAAAACAAGCGCAGGCCGGGAUAUUUUUAAUGCACAGCACAUUCUUUUAAUACAAAAAUUAACAAGAAUCUCUCGAUUUUAAACUAACCAAAGCAAUAAAAAGAGAGCACUAACACCUUGGAAAAAUA